AUGUCGCAUCUGAAACGCUGGCUGCGCGUGAAGGUCCUUUUGCCCAUUAUCAUUAUCGUGGCAUUUUACAAUGGUUUCUGGCAACUGAGUCUUUUCCAUUUCGGAUUUUUCCUCGCUGAGAUUCAUGCUGACAUUACACCGAAUCAUGAUGAUCCCCCAACUUCAGAAUUAAAUUUCGAUUCACUGCCAAUAUACAAGCUUCAAAGGAUGGUUUUCAAGCGGCCUUUCACGAUUUUGAAAACAGGUGGCCCCGUUAGUUUAUUUGUAAUUGGAUUGUACUUUUGCUCUUACCCAGAGACUCUCCUCGACGCAAACUUACCAACAGGUUACGGCAACUUGACAUUAUGGAGACCUCCAGCGUAUAAAGGGUUGGAUAUCAUGGUAUUCUGGCGGGCGCUAGGUGCAAAGCUCAUCUGUUUUUCGAUCCUCUUCUUGCCGCCGAUUCAAAAUGUUUUAUGCACAAGAUUCCGUCAAUAUCUAGGCAAAAUCUCAUUCUCACUUUAUCUGGCACACGUCACAAUGAACUAA